AAUGCGCCGUGACGACAUCGCGCUGUUGGAACCGAGGCACGGGUAUCCUACGUCGUGACGUCACGCUACAUUUUUCAACGGGUUUAAAACGUGCGUCGUGACGUCACGCCGGCGUCGCGUGCUCGGCGCGUCCGUCGUUACGGUGCCUCUCGCGGCCGCCUCCGCCACCGCCUCCAGCCUCCUCCGCCUCCAGCCUCCUCCCGAAGGCGCCACCGCUCCCGCCAAAAGCGGCAAACUCAACCCCCGGUUUCAAGAGCGAAGGGGAAGAACAACCCCCCCCCCACCCUGGCCUGACGUCCGCUCCUCUCUCCGGCAUGGAAUCGUCGCUACCCACGGAGCUGCCUGGAGCCGGAGUCGACUUCGUGCCGCGUGUGACGCCGCUGAUGCCGGCCGAGCUGCUGGGGCUCGGCGCCUCCUCACUGCUAUGCCCCGAGACGGAGAUGCAGAAGAUGCUGAUGGACGAGCGCAUGCGCUGCGAGCACCACAAGACCAACUACCGGACGCUCAAGGAGGAGCACACGAGGCUCCAGGAUGAGAGCCUGCGGACCCAGGCUGAGCUCAAGCGAGUUGUGACCGACAAGCAGAGCUUGCAGGAGCGCUUCCAACUCAUGGUCACCGAGCUGCGCGGGGAGCUUUUGGACAAGACCCGGGAGAUAGAGGAGCUGCGCAGCCAGGUGCCGACCCCACAGAGGCUGGAGCUGCUAAAAGCUCAGAUACAGCAGGAGCUGGAGUUGCCCAUGAGAGAAAGACUGCGUCGGCAGGAGGAGGAGGCCGAGCGCUACCGCGGCGAGUUUAACAAGCUGCGCUACGAGCAGACUGUGCUCAAGUCGGAGUUCGAGCACCAACGGGCAGAGCAUGGCCGAGUGCUCGAGGAAAUGCUGCUCAAACACCAAGCCCAGCUUUCGGAGCUGGAGAAGGAGAAGGAGGCUCUGCAGUCGCGUCUGUCGGGCGGGGAGGCGGCAGCGGAGGCUCGUCGUGCCGAGGCGCUCUUGCGGGAGCGGGCACAGCUGUUGCAACGCGUGCGGGGGCUGCAGACGGAGCUGGAAGAGCUGCAGGCGCAGCGCGGCAACUCGGGCCUGCAGGCCGACAACGUGCAGCGCAUGCAGUCGCGGCAGAUUGCGGAGUCACAGGCCAACGUGCGCGCACUCGAGGCUGAGGGGCAGUCUCUCAAGCUUCAGGUGGAGCGGCUGGAGGAGGAGCUGCGCCUCUCCCAGGAGCAGUGCCUGCAGCUGUCGAAGAAACAGAACCGUGCCGAGCGGGAGGUCUCCUCCCUUAACAGCAAGCUGGAAGAGAUGAAGCACGCGCACAAGUUGGAGAUGACGAACCUGCGAGUGGAUGCCGGGCGCGCGCGUGCCGAGCUGGAGCGGGAGCGCGACGGCGCUCGGGGGCAGCUGGACCUUGCCCAGGGUGACUUGGAGGCGGCGCGAGAGGGCCUUGAGCGGCAGGCUGCGGCACUGGCCGAGAAGGAGCAGGAGAUGAUGCGGCGGGUACAGGCGGCGCGCAGCGAGGGAUUCCAGAAACUCUCUGUGGCGCAGGAGCAAGUGGUGGAGACGGAGGCUCAGGUGGCGGAGCUGGAGCGCGUGGCGGUGGAGCGCGAAGCAUCGUGGCAGUCGGAGCGCGAGCUCCUGGAGGAGACGGCGCGGGUGGCGCGCACCGCCGAGGAGGGGUUGCGACGGGAUAGCGCAGCGCUCAAGGCGAAGGUGCAACAGCUGACGGCGAAGCUGGAGGCUACGCAAAAGGAACAGCAGCAAACUGCAGAUCUACAGCAGGAAGUGGAGGGUCUGCGUACGCGCGUCUCUCAGCUCGCCGUGUGCGAGCGCGAGCUGCAGGCGAGCGGCGCCCGUCUGCGCGAGGUGGCCGAGCGGCACCGUGAGGAUGCUCGGCGGGCCCAGGACGAGGCGGAGAGGGUGCAGGGUCAGGCGCAAAGGUCCUUGGAAGAGGAGCGGCUGGAUUGGCUCCAGGAGAAACACAAGCUCGAUGCCAAGCUGUGUCGUGCAAAGGAGAAGCUGAAUCGUCUUGUAUUGGCACACAAGAAGAAAAAGCAGCUGGCCGAGAAGCAGCAGAACGUGAUGGUGGACGAACUGCGGCUUCUGGAGGCGACAAAGGAGCAGCUGGAGACAGAGAGGAAUGCCAUCAAGUCAGGAGUCCCCUUCGAUGAGCACCGCCGGCUCCGUCGUAAGUUCAGGGAGCUACAGCGUCGGCACGAAGAGUUCCGGAGAAUCCUGGUGCCCAGCGCCUCCCUCCCCCUGCCUGGGACAUCAAUGGUUGGUGCUGGAGUUGGGCUCUCCUGGCUGCCUUCCCACAGCACCUUCAUCGACCUGCAGGAGGAUCAGCACCAGAGGGAGUUGGUGCUGCUCAAACGGAGAGUGGAGGACAUGGAGCAGACCCAGCGUCUGCAGCUCGAGGAGUUGGUGUCAGCAGCUGGGCCCCACUCGUAAUGUCCUCUCUGUCACCAAGCCAUGCAGCCUUUGGCAUAGCCUCACUGUAGACCCUCUUGGCCACUGGCAGAACCGGCCAUGCAGCUGUGACCUUGGCUGCAGCAGCAGUGCCUUGUGUGGGGGAGGAACGUUUUGUAGAUAUUUAAAAGCCGCAUCAGUAACAAUGGCAGUGUAGGCUGUGGCAAAUGGGAUGUGUGUCUGUGAAACUAUUUUCAUGUCCGAAUCAGUGUGAUAAAAUGUAUUGGUGGGAUUUUUUUUCAAGAGCAUGGGCAUGUGAUAGUCCAGCAUGCUGCACUUGCCAUACCAAGGUACUUUAUUUCACCGGGUCAAAGUAGUGUUGGAACUUUGGGUACAUGUGAUACAACAUUUCUUCCAAUAAAAAUGGGUAUGCUAUAGGAAGCCCAUGGGCAGACCAUUUUUGGUGAGGUAACAUAUGGGGAGCACCCCGUGUCUCUCAAGUCAUCACACCUUGGGAUGCAUACCCCCAGAGGGGCCUGUGUCUACAAUAACAACCAUAGAAUGCACUGGGGGGAUCGCCAAGAUCCUGGAACUCAAGCAGGGUUGAGCCCCCCAAUUAGUGCUUGGGAUGCAAGACCCACCUGGGCAAAACGUUUGGGCUGUGACAUGGCCAGGAGAUGAUGGUACUGAAGUGAAUUCUUGAAUCCAUCUAUGCUUGGCUUGUUAGUGUUAUCUCCUGGUUAUGGGUGGUGGGUUUUACCGCAGGUACUCCCUCUUUCUCCCUACGAGGCCAACCGCUCAAUAAUGCAAUUGGCUGAGCUGCCCUCAUUUUCAAGACAUUUCUAAAGACAGACUUCCCUAGAUAAAUACAUUUGUUAAACCUUUGUAGGCUUCACUUGUCUGGCUUGAGACUUGUACCUGGAUAGGAAAUUCAAGAUAAGCACCGCAAAAACCGUUCCAGCAAGGCUGAGGUAUGUUCAAUUUCAAGGCCCGAUUGUCAAGUUAUUUGUUUUGAAGCAGAUAUUAACUUUACAACUGGCUGUGUUGGUGAAUUUGUUGGAAAUCGUGAUCUAGUUAAUAUUUUUCGUCAAGUCUUUUGUAAGUCUAAAGCACAAAUUGUGGCAGAGGCCACAAUGGAACCUUUUACAAAAGGAACAGUACACUUACAAAAGCCACAAACAUUUUUUGAAACACUUUAUUUUGUAAAUUAAAUCUUAAGAUGUUCUACAAUUCAUAACGUCAAUUAAGUGUGUGGCAUACAAAUGCUACGUUUUUAUUAUACAUGUGUACAUACAAUAAAGAAUUUUAUAUUAUUUGAA